AUGCAACUACUGCCAGCCAUCCUGCUCCUUGUCAGCCCUCUGGCGCUAGGAUUAUCGCCACUUUCUUUCCUGCAAUCACUGGGAUCGAAUAGUCUUCCAGCACAGGACAACGCCCAGAGAGUCCUGAACACAGAGCACCAGACCCCGAAGCCUUCCUGGGAGCAUCACACUCUCCCGACCUGGUACACAUCUACCCUUCAAGCACGGCGCCUCCUGCAAAAGUCCAGCGUCGGCCGUAUCUCCACCACUUUCCCAUCACCCAUCAUCCCCGAUCCUGUACACCACUACAAUCCGCCAGGAAUGGUUUCGGGGCUCCCUAUCACCCUGCCGGAAUACGUUGCCUCGUGUCACCCGGAUGGAAAUCCGACUAUCCUAGGUCUCCACCUCGGCACCACUUUCAAAAACGCUGCCUUCGGGUCCAACGUCUCCCUCUCCCUCGACUGGUGGGACCACAUCGCUUCUGACACGGAUGUCCCCCUCCGAGACCUAUCCGACAGUCGCAUGGCGCUACCGCGCGCCGUGCUGAUAGGGUACCUAGAACCCUACCCAAGCCCCGUGGACCCCGAGACGAGAGUGGGUCUGGAACGGUGUUUUCUGGACGCUCAUCCGGAUGCGAGGGCUUGGCUGCCUGGCCGGGAGGGCGCGGCGCAUGCAGGAUUCUGGGCUAGGAUGGUCGUUCGCCAGGUGUUCUGGGUGGGGGGCUUCGGCGAUAGGGCGUUGAUUGGGUGGGUGAAUAUGACCGAGUGGGAGGGGAUUCGAGAGGAUGGCAGCGAGCCUGGGGUUGGUGAUGGGAGGGGGUGGAAGGAUGCGUUGCUACCUGGAGAGUGAACGGUUGAUUUGUUGUGUACCUGGUAUUCUUGGUUGGAGGCGAGUCUAGACGUAGGGUGGGAGGGGCGAGUGUUGUUUUCGGUAUUUGGCGAGCUGGCUGAAAAGCUCUUCAUAUCAUGGCUACUUGCUUGGUAGUGGAACCUUCGUAUCCGUAGUAUAGAAUCAUGAGUUCAAUAAAGAUAUGGAGGUAUUCAUUCCUUCAGUGAAGGCUUUGUGUACUCGAAGAGCUAUGAUAUGACGGCAAAUUCUAGACAAUGAUAAUGUUCCCCCAC